AUGGCGGCCGGGGUUGAAGCUGUGGCCGAGGUGGUGGCAACGAGGCCCAAAAUGGAGGAGGAAAGCGGCGCAUCUGGUGUGCCAAGCGGUACCAGGGCUCCGGGCCCGAAGGGUGAAGGAGAACAGCCUACUCAGAAUGAGAAGAAGAAAGAGAAAAAUAUAAAAAGAGGAGGCAAUCGCUUUGAGCCAUAUGCCAAUCCAACUAAAAGAUACCGGGCCUUCAUUACAAACAUACCUUUCCAUGUGAAGGGGCAGUCACUGAAAGACCUGGUUAAAGAAAAAGUUAGUGAGGUAACAUAUGUGGAGCUCUUAAUGGACGCCGAAGGAAAGUCAAGGGGAUGUGCCCCGGUUGAAUUCAAGAGGGAAGAAGGCAUGAAAAAAGCCGCUGAAGUUCUAAACCAGCAUAGUCUGAGUGGAAGACCACUGAAACUCAAAGAAGAUCGUGAUGGUGAACAUGCCAGGAGAGCAAUACAAAAGGCUGGAAGACUUGGAAGCACAGUCUUUGUAGCAAAUCUGGAUUAUAAAGUUAGCUGGAAGAAACUGAAGGAAGUAUUUAGUAUGGCUGGGGUCCGAGCAGACAUUCUGGAGGAUGAAGAUGGAAGCCGUGGACUAGGCACUGUGACUUUUGAGCAGUCCAGUGAAGCUGUGCAAGCUGUAUCUAUGUUUAAGCAGCUGCUAUUUGAUAGACCAGUGCACGUCAAAAUGGAUGAGAGGGCCUUACCAAAGGGAGAUUUUUUCCCUCCUGAACAUCCACAGCAACUUCCCCAUGGACUUGGUGGUACUGGUACGGGGUUUGGACCAGGAGGGCAGUCUGUUGAUGCCAAUCAUCUGAACAAAGACAUCGGAAUGGGAAAUCUAGGGCCUGCAGGAAUGGGAAUGGAAGGCAACACUGGAAUAAAUAAAAUAGGCAUCGAGGGCCCCUUUGGUGGUGGCAUGGAAAACAUGGGGCGGUUUGGAUGUGGGAGGAACAUGGGGCGGAUAAAUGAAAUCCUAAGUAAUGCACUGAAGAGAGGAGAGAUCACUGCAAAGCAGGGAGGAGGUGGAGGUAGAGGCAGCAUCCCUGGGACAGAGAGGAUGGGCCCUGGCACUGGAUGCAUUGUGGGUGCCAGCAUGAAGCAUGGCACAGGCCCGGGCCACGGUAUGGAUCAUGUGGGCUCUGAGACUGAGCGCAUGGGCCUGGUCAUGGACCACAUGGGUUCUGUUGGGUGCAUGGGCUCUGGCAUCAAGCGCAUGGGCCCAUUGGGUCUCAACUACAUGUGCUCUAGCAUUGAGAAAAUGGGCCAGACCAUGGAGCGGAUUGGCUCUGGCAUCCACCGCAAGAGACCUGGCAUGGGUUUCGGCCCAGAGCGCAUGGCCACACCCAUCGACUGUGUGGGCCAAACUAUUAAGUGCACAGGCUCUGUUGUGGAGCACAUGGGCCCUGCCAUCAAGCGCAUGGGCCUGAGCAUGGAGCGCAUGGUGCCCACAGGCAUGGGGACCAGCCUGGAGCACGUGGGUCCCGUGAUGGAUCACAUGGCCACCGGCCUGGAGCGCAUGGGCCCCACCAUGGGCCCAACCCUGGGUGCUGGCAUCAAGCGCAUGGGCCUGGCCAUGGGUGGCGGUGGUGGGGCCAGCUUUGACCACACCAUCGAGAUGGAACCUAGAAACUUUGGAGGAAGCUUCACAGGUUCCUUUGGUGGAGCUGGAGGCCGUGCUCCUGGGGUGGCCAGGAAGGCCUGCCAGAUCUUCGUGAGAAGUCUCCCACUUGACUUUACAUGGAAGAUGCUAAAGGACAAAUUCAGUGAAUGCGGCCAUGUGCUGUACGCCGACAUCAAGAUGGACAACGGGAAGUCCAAGGAUUGCAGGGUGGUUAGGUGUGAGGUGGCUGAGAGAGCCUGCCGGAUGAUGAAUGGCAUGAAGCUGAGUGGCCGAGAGACUGAUGUUCAGAUCGAUAGAAAUGCUUAA